UUUUAUUCUGCAAGUGGACUACGCUGUCAUUUUCGUAUACGUCAAAAAUGGAGGAAGAACGUCUUUUUGAUGAGAGAGUUUCAAUAAGAGAAUCUGCAAGACCUCUAAAAAAAUACGGAAGUACAUGCAACCACAUGAAGAGGAAUGAUGAAUACAUUAAGCAUAUGCUGUCAAAAAGCGAUACGCUUCAAGGAAUCGCUUUGAAAUAUGGAGUAACUAUGGAGAAAAUAAGGAGGGCAAAUCGUUUGUUCGCAACGGACAGCUUGUUUUUAAGGGAAUACUUAUUGAUUCCUGUGACUAUGGAUUCACCUUUUUAUGAGAAUGGGGAGCGUGUGACGGAACCGCCCCCGCCGAGUCACCGCGCUUCCAUUGGGGGAAUGCCCACUAGAGACUUCUCCCCUGGUAGCCCUGACGAGAAGAAGAGUUUCGACGACUUUCUAAACAGAUUGGAUUCCUCCCUUGCUGACAUAAAGAAACAUGUCGAGAAAACGAAGGAAAAUAGCGAAUUCGUGAAAGACCUCGAUAGUGAAUUUGUGAGGCAUCGUCCAACCGCGAGACUCCGCCAGUCGGCGUCGCUAGGCGCGUCCACGUCGUACAACGAGGUGAUCCCGCCGCCCCUGCCGCCACCGUCGUCGGUGCUCACCCAGGGCCGCCGUGUCGACACCUCGCUCAAGCGCCUCGAGAGAGCACACGACGAUUUGUUUCAAUUGUAGCGGCCGAGGCAGCGCAGAUAUGCGCGGUUCCAAUGAGCGCGAUGGUCCCGCCCUGUGCUGAGGUCACAGCGCCCGGAGUAUCGCUCGCGUCCCAACACCGACGCCGAGGCAAAGAACUGAUAUAUUCAAGUACAUGGUGUAUAUAUGAGGCCACAUGGUGAUAUUAGAUAGUAAAUGUGCUAAAUUGUUUAUACUCGCGUCGCUUUUACAAUAGCGGAUUAAAACGACCUUCUACUAAUAAAAUUGGGGUCUCAGGCGAAAAUUAAGGCCUGUCAGAUAUAUGAAGUUAUCAGCUAGUGCUUGAUAACCUAGAUGUUCGUACGAUUGUUUAUUGCGACGUUUGCUAUUGUUGUUUUACUUAUUAAAAAAAAUAGAGAUCAGAAAAAUAAUAUAUUUUUAAAUUGUAAAAAAUCAUAAUAUUUAUGAAUUAGUGAUUAGAAAUGUUGAACUAUACUAUUCAACAUUUAAUUAUAUGACUAUAUAAAAUAUACAUAUAAUAAAAUCAGAUAGAGAAUAGCUCCAAUGUAGACAAUCCUAUUUGUGCAUUAAUUAAAAAAAAAUCGAAUAGAUUAUAUAGCCAGUUGACAUUCAUUUUCUGUUGCUGGAUUUUAGGGUAAUUUUUUUUACUAUACCAUAUUUUUACAAUUGCACUUGUGAUAUUUUCGUAUAUCUGUUUACAGACCCAUUUCAUAUUUAAUCACUUUAAAUAUUUGUAUAAAAAGACUCGUGGGACAAUAGUAAUAAAUGCAGUUAUGAAAUCAAUAAAAAAAUAAAUACUACACGCAGAAAUUAACUUGAGACUUUGGUCAGGUGAUGUAAAAGUACUGAGUGUGAAAAGAGAAGAAAACAAUAAAAAUAAUUGUUAUAAGAGAUGAGUGUGCACGUGUUUUGUUAAUUUGCUGUCUGUGGUAGAGAUGGAGAAGCAUAUUAAAACUUAUUCACUUGUGAACUAUUAUAGCCAAUGAUUAUUUUUUAAUGGUAUAAUUGUAUAAUUUUUAUAAAUUAUAAUAUCAUUUAUAAUAGAGUGCUUAAAAAGUUUUUUCACAUAAAAUAAUAACGUAACUGUUGUUAGUAAUAAUUUUUGUUUAUUUUUAUUUUUUACUUAAAACAAUGACUAUUGUUUUGUUUAAUUCAUUAUUUUGAAUAAAACGCUUAAAAAGCUUUUUCAUAUAAUAACAAAACUAUUGUCAGCAAUAUUUUUUGCUUACUUUUAUAAACUGUUUGUGCACUUUUCAAACGCUUUCAGUCUUAACGUUUAUCUCUAAACUAUAGAGUUAUUGAUUGUUUGAGCUUCAAAUAGUGUGGGGAAUGAUAGUGGAACGUGCAUUCCAUACGGGUCUCAGUAAAGAAGUCUCAAGAGGCUGUCCUUACCAAGUAUCGAUUUGUUGUAAUCUCUAUGUCAAUACUUUGCAUAGGACUAUGUUAUUAUCUAGUCGUAAGUACUUCAAAGCAACAUAUUGCAUACAUCAUAUCUUAUAGUUUUGCACGAAGCACACAUUUUUGGCAUAACUCGACUAGAUGGUGCAAUCGUGUCUUAUGUACGUAAUAAUUAAAAAUGACAAACUAUGACAGGAGAGAGCGACGUUGUGAUUCUUAGCAAGGAUGCCCUCUUAAUUUCUGCGUAUAACAUACAUUUAUUCUAAUUAAUAAUAAUCGUUUAUUAAAUUUAAGUAUAAUAAACAUCGUUGAAUUGUUUCAUGCACCAAUUUUUUAUAUCAUAUCGCAUCUAGUCUCCUUAUGUUGUAACAAUAUUACCUAUUUGUACACAUGUAUUUAUAUUGUCCAUUUACAAUUUAUGUGUAUUAUAUGUAUACAGUUUAUUUGUAUAUUAAAUAUUUUGUAUACUAAUAGCUGAUAGCUCUCACACAUGUAACACUGUUCGAGAUAUCCAUUUGAAUAGAUAUCGAAAGUUAGUCGUAAGAAUACUAAUCAAGUCAUAGAGUUGAUUUAACUUCUUAAAACUUACCUAAACUAUGUACUUUUUUGUCGGAUCCCUGUUCCUAUUUUUAUUGAUGCAGAAAAAGAAAAGAAAAUAGAAAGAAAAAUCAAUGUUUUUCGGAUUAACGCAUUGUCGGAAGAAGACUUACUGCGCCUGAUCCCAAAUAAAUUGGAUAAAGGAAAAGUAAGAUGUAAAUAUAAAUAAAAUAUGUAAUCAUUAAUAGUCCAUUUUACAGAUUUAACACGAGGCAAUGUUAACUGGGCCUUAACUCGUUGAAGGCAAUAUACGUGGUGAAAUCGAAAUCGGUAGCAUCCUUUUAACGGUGUGUUCUACAAGUGAUUCUGAUAUUUUUCAUUCGGUUAACGUCAGAGUUUAAAAUUUUUUGACGGUUUUUACAUCAACAUUUCUUUAGGAAUUCAGCUUUACUUAUAGGACAUGUUGUUAUCAGGAUGUUAAUUACUUGGAUUUUAAUCUGUAUGUUAUGUGUUAAUAUGUCUCAGUUUCAUUUCGACAAAUAAAAUAUUAGUUAAUUUUAUUCAUUCGUUGUGAUUAAUUAUUUUAAUGCAUGUUUUAUUUUAUAUCACGAAUACUUAACAAAUGUGGGUAUGUAUGCAUUUAUUAUAAUUUAUGUCUUAGAAAUUACAUAAACUAUAUUAUAGUACACUUCUUAAAAAUUGCAUAUUAUUAUUUGAAAAUUAUUCUAAGAAGAUUUGAUGCAUUAAUUAUAAUCGAUUAAACUUUUUGAUGUUGUAAAUUUUUUAUCAUGUCAAUAAUCAGUGUAAACUAAAUAAUAUUUUAAAUAUAUUUUAUCCUUUAAAGCUCUGUAUUGUGACUUGUUAUGAGGUUAUUUUAUUAGAUCUACUCUUCUAUAACUGUUCAUGUAUCUGCAUCCUGGAAAUUAUGUCCUAUUUCCAUCUCUACAGUGUUCAAAUUCUUAUAAACAGAAUUAUGUUAACAGAUUUAUAAAAGUGUACUUUUGUAUUGUACCUUUAUUUUCUUAUCCGAAUACAAUAUCUUGUUUCUGGAUCGGGAAAUGUAUCUGUUUUUAAUUUUACAUUAUUACUAUUAACUCUGUAAGUAUAUAUAAAAAUGGAUGUUUGUAUAUAUGUAUACAUAUAUAUAAAUAUAUGUUUAUUGGCAUUAUAUAUUUUAUUCACUUAGAAUUUUUCCAUCAUCUAUUUCUUUGUAAUUCCCUUCUAAAUGUCUAUAUAUAUAUAUAUAUAUAUAUAUAUAUAUAUAUAUACACCAGUAGGACAACAGCUGCCAAAUUUUGUUAUAUACUACCACUCUUGAGUCGAGAUUAUGGGCUACGAUUUUGUCUGCGCCCAUAACCUCGCAAAGGUUUGUUUAUUUACCAAUAUUGCUAUUGAUAUUACCGUUUCUAAAGUACGUAAACUUUAUUAUAGACUACAUAAAUAAAUAUGUCAGAAUAUUCAAAGAAACGUGGCUAUAAAAAUGUAUGAUAGGGAAUUAAUAUUAAAGUCUUAUACGUAGAUAUAAUUGUCCAAAAACAUAUACUAUACACUAUGUUGCGAGCGUGCCGUUGUGUGUGUUAAAUAUCAGUGCCUUGUGAUCGUUCAUGUUACUAUCAUACUAUAUGUGUUGCAGCUAUCAAUGUAUUUAUUUAAAAUAAAUUGUGUCUCAACGAAGCGUAAGUUACAUUUUUCAAUGUAUAUUUUUUAUAUAGUGCAGUAAUUUUAUAAGAUUGAUUUAAAAUCGCUGUUUUUAAAAUGAAAUCGAAUAUUAUGUUCCUGUUACUAUCGUAUUGUUUUCUUUAUUUAUUAUAUUUUUAUAUAAAAUAUAAAAAGUAUAAUUAUACCUAUAAUACAAAAAUUUUUAUUAGGCCAAGAAAUUAUUUAUUUUUCAUUUCCGUUAGAGCCCAAGACUAGCUAGCUCUGUCCCUGUUAAAAUACGAACCUAAUUAAACGUUUUUACAUAUUUCAGUAUUAAUUGUUACUGGUCUAACGUUGAAGUUAACUUUUUUAAAUUAGUUCCCUUAUGGGAAUACGAAUGUGACGGUAAUGUUUUGCUAUGAAAUUGAAAAAAAAAAUGAAUGAAUCACAGACUAUGUUAGUCACUAAGAUUAUAUAGAUAGAGUGUCUGCAAAAAAAGGCAUAUUCAAAAAUGUGUCACUUUUUUAUCCAUAUGUCUUUGAUAAUAGAACAACCAUAAUAUACUUUUAUUACUCAAUACAUUGAAGAAUUAAUGUUGUAUAGUUAAUACGAAACAUAAAAACGAUACAAAAUAAAUUAUAUUUUGAUUUAAUAUUUGAUUUAUAUUUGAAUAUAGGCAUAAAAUAUUUUAGUUUUUCGAUAAUUGAAAAUAGCUGCCAAGUUAAUAUAUGUAAUUAAAUUGUAAACAAUAAGCAUGUUUUUAUAUUUGUAUUGUAUCAGAAAAAUAGUUCCCAAUUCUAAUUAAAAAUAACGCUUGUUUUGUUAAAUUUUAAAUCCAAUUACUUGCAACAGUGAAAUAAUGGUGCAUUUUGUUAUUUGUUUUAAUAUAAAUAUAUAUCAAAUUGAGUGAAAUAUAUGUCAGAUUGAGCCAAAUAUCAAAUUAACUGACUAAAUAUUUUGCACGUUUUUGACACUAUGCCCUAUCUAUAUAAUCUAAGCCUAUCAUCAGUCGGCAUAAGAAUUUUUUUUUAAAACAAAUGUACCUUCACAGCCAAGUUACAUACCUUUUAAAUACAGCAUAUAUAAUAAAUAUUUUUUUUUAAAUAUGUUUUGGUGCUAUUGUUGUUAUAUUUUAUUAUAUGAAUUAGCUUUCACAGAUUGUUUGUAAACAUUGUAAACUAUUCUCACUCAACAAGCUUUUGUCUACAAGCGGGAGGAAUUUCUCUAUGAUAAUGAAACGUUCGUGGGCACAAUUACUAUUGUUUUAUAGUAAGUUGUAAAUUAAUUCCUGUAUAUAAUUACAAUUAUAAUACUUAGCUAUUAUAUUGAACAAUUUAUAUGGUAGACAAACGAAAUUGUACUUUAGUUUGCCAGUUAGUGUUUGCUUGUAUUUUUAUAUGUCAUCCCCAUUCAUUUAUGCUAGUUGAGCUUUAAUAAACAAUAUUUUAUUACAUGUUG